CUCAGAGCCCCGUGUGCGUGCUGCCUUGAAGUUCUUCUUUUUAUUCAUUAAGGGGCGGACGAGGCAACAACUCGAAGGUCUUCUGGAAGAUGUUUCACCGUAACACAGGUGGUUCUCUUGCUCUGGCCCGCCCCGGGCUGCUGUUCUCCAUUGCAGAUGCAUCUCCGUAUCGCGCCUAUUGCAACUAAAAGCACAUUAAGCUUCUGCAGGGCCUUUUGGAUCGACGCCCCCACCAGAGACAAGAUACGGCGGCUUGGGCUUGGGCUUAUCGACCAGUGCUCUUGCACCGUCGACGACGCCUGGAAGCUCUGCUAAUAAGCGCUCAUAUCGGGAUGCUGCUUCUAGCCCCCCGGCGCUUUCUGGCGACUUUGCUUCCUAUAUGCACAGCAAACGUCAUGAAAUGAACUGCAUCGCCGAGGCGUUCGACCAGGGGUCUACGGCCGGCGGGAUCCUCCGGCGCCUUUUUUUCGAGACUUCUUGGCGGUUACCGUUUCUUUCCUGCGUGUCGGGGCCGCGGAACGUGUUUCGUUCAUAUCUUCUGGCUGCGGCAUUGGCAUCCCGCCACGGGCUGCGCUUUUCUUGGAGCUCUACCCCUAUUCUGCUGGGCUGACGUGCCCUGAUGCAUGCACAGGACGAGAUGAUGACUUAGGCUAUCGUUUGCCUCCGGUGACUCGAUGGCAACACGGCCGACGUGGGCAGAUACGCAUGGUUUUGUUGGGCUUUCUCGUACCAUAGCAGGCGGUGGCAGGCCUGGUGACGGCGCUGCAUUUUUGUGUUCAUGCUAUCCAGAUGGCCCAAAGUUCUACUGGAUUCCAGGUCUCGCCAGCGCUGCAAAUUUCCGUGCCUCGAGUCAUCGUCGGUCGGUGGAUCUGAUUUUUUCCUCGUGCCCCUCCUGGUACCGAGCCGAGGCUGCUAUCCGCGCAGCCCUUCAUUUCACCGCGAUUGGCAACAUUCCGGCGUCUUAAGAGCCACUGACCGCGGACACGUAUGUGGCAGGCCGACUGCGAUUCGUCGUUUGUUGGAUGCAUCUGAUAUUACUCAUGCUCGCGAUGACUGCGACCAAUCAGUUCCCAAUUCGUAGCAUCAGGACCCAAGCUGGGGGUCUCCUUGGUAGUAUGCCUAAUUUAUCCACCCUGACGCUUCUGCAGGGUUUAAAAAGCAGCCGCCCCUCCCUAUGCGUCACUCCCAGACUCUUACCUAUCAACCACCACCAGGCUCGAAUUCGCUCUGGGAUCGAUAUUCUCUCGACCUCGACGCGCAUUUUUGCAUCGACGCAGAGCCGCUUUACCAGUAGCAAGACUACCGCCACCCUACUAUAUGCCUGGAAGGGUGGACUACCCCGAGCUCAACCCUCUUCUCGCUUUCAUCCCUGAUACUUUUCCCUCGUACGCGUAUGCCGCGCCAAGUGGCUGCGCGAUCCGGUGGGACGUACGCUUCGCACCUUCCACGGCGCGCGUCAUCCCUGACUGGGACUCGCCGACCUCGUCGCCCUUAUCCUCCUCCUCCCACACGUUUGCUCCGCCUCCCCCGCGCCAACUAACGCCCGCGGAGCUCGCGCAGCCCGCCACAGACCCUCCCGUGCACUCCCUACGCCUCGUAUCCGGGCUCCUCGCGCCCGACUGGCGCGUCGUCGCGGUGGCAUCGACCCUCCGCGGGCGCGGCUGCGUGACGGUCGGGAACGUGCUCAGCGCGAUCCACCGCGCGCUCUCGGUGCGCGUGCUGCACAGCGAGUGGGCGCGCCUGGCGCCCAAGGAAGGCGAGCGCGUCUCGCGUGCGUUUCACGCGCGCUGGCGCAGCGCCCAGGACGAGGUCGAGCAGGCGCGCGAGUACUACGCGGGCGUGAAGCGCGUGGACUGGGUGCUCGACGCGACAGCGUUCGGGGGGCUGACGUAUCUGGGCGGGCAUUCGGGCGAGGCUGAGGCCGUGCUGACGCUGAAGCAUGUGCCGCGCAUGUGAGGUGCAGCCGCAGGCAGAGACGGAUAGAGGUCAUGAUGGAUGGAAGGGAAGCGAGAAGGACGGGGGGACGCGAGGACGCGAGAGUCACGGACGGAGAUUUGAUACCACAUGAUGAUAAGGAUUAUACCCAGGACGGCCGACGGCUUGCUGCAUGGGAGGAAAGCACGGUCAAUUCUUAUACCCACUCCAGAUGGCGACGAUUCAUUAAUGUUGUAUGAAACCCAGCCCUUUACGCCCUUGGACACGCCACUUGCCGGUGCA